UUCAUUUAUAAUUUUUGGAUUUUGAUAAAAAUAAAAAAACUCAUCCGCUUCGCUCCGAAAGGGAGUUGGAAUUUAUGGCUCCGAAGCGGGAGAGAUCAUAAGAUAACACCCUUUCGUUGUUCAUUCCAUUCCAUUUCAAUCUCAAUUCUUCAUUGUCAUCUCACUCAUUCCUCGUCCUUGAUUGAUCUCUCUCUCUCUCUCCUCCCCUUUCGCCACCCUCUCUAUCCGAUUCCCUUUCAUCUCACGGCGGUGCCCGCUCCGCGGCAAGGCUCCGCCGUCCGAAUUCCCUCAUCUAAUCAUUCUUCCCUGUGUACUUCAAUCAUAACAGAUUCCUUUUGAAUGAUUUCAUGGAAAAAGCUAAAUAGGCAGCUUUCUCAGGUGGUCUCUCCAACUCCAGCGUAACAAUGCAGUCAUCAGAGGCCUUCUCAAACAUGGCAAUCUUAGCCACAAGCCAAAGCAGAGUAAAUAUGAGGAUUAAAGCAUCUCGGGUUCUGCCUGGUUGAUUAUGAUUUGUUACCACACAAGCAUUUCUGAUCUUGUAUUUGUGCCAACCUUUGAGUUAGGCGUUUCCUUAGUAGUGAAGCUCUCUGCUGCCGCUUCCGCUUCCACCGCCACCGCCACUAUUGGUGUUGGAAUUCGCCAAGUCUCUUCCUUGUUUUAUGUAUCCUGAUGUGGACAACCUUGUACAAAACCAACACCAGAUGGCGCUUGCUACUUUUAAAGUUCCUCCUAGAAGUGAGUACUGUUGGAAUAAGAAUUUGGAAAGAAAACCUUCCAUAAGGAGACGAGUAUUUGUGCAGACUGAAAGUGGCUCUGUAUUGGGUAUAGAGCUAGAUAGCAGCGACAAUGCCCAUACGGUGAAGAAGAAACUACAAGUUGCCCUUAAUGUCCCAACUGAUGAAAGCUCAUUGGUAUAUGGUGAUAUGGUGCUGAAGGAUGAUCUAAGCGCAGUGAGAAAUGAUUCUCCACUUCUUCUCACUAGGAACUUAUUGCACAGAAGCUCAUCUAGUCCAUGUAUGUCGCCAAAUGCAAGGGAUCUUCAACAGAGGGAUCAAAGUGGUCCCAUUGAGAUAUUAGGUUGCUCAUUUCAAAAUGCUCGAACACAAGAACUGGUUAUGGAUAUUGUAGAGGCAAUAAAUAAUGGCAUUGAUCCAGUCCCCGUCCGUGGUGGUCUUGGAGGUGCAUAUUAUUUUAAAAACCUCUAUGGUGAAAAUAUUGCUAUUGUAAAACCAACCGAUGAGGAACCCUAUGCCCCAAACAACCCAAAAGGUUUUGUGGGAAAAGCACUUGGGCAACCAGGCCUCAAACGUUCAGUGCGAGUUGGCGAAACAGGUUUCCGGGAAGUUGCAGCAUACCUUCUGGACUAUGAUAAUUUUGCUAAUGUACCCUCUACUGCUCUUGUUAAGGUCACACAUUCAAUAUUUAAUGUUAAUGAUGGGGUGAAGGGUAAUGUGCAUCGCUUUGGGAAGCAGGUUAGCAAGAUUGCAUCACUGCAGCAGUUCAUUUCUCAUGAUUAUGAUGCUAGUGAUCAUGGGACUUCUAGCUUCCCUGUUGCUGCUGUGCAUAGAAUAGGAAUUCUAGAUAUCCGGAUUUUAAACACAGAUAGGCAUGCUGGUAAUCUUCUGGUCAGGAAGCUUGAUGGGGUUGGGAGUUUUGGACAGGUGGAUCUUGUUCCCAUUGAUCAUGGUUUUUCUCUACCUGAAUGCUUGGAGGACCCGUACUUUGAGUGGAUUCAUUGGCCACAAGCAUCAAUCCCGUUCUCAGAAGAUGAGCUUGAGUAUAUUGAUAAACUUGACCCUUUCUGUGACUCUGAAAUGCUUAGAAUGGAACUGCCUAUGAUUCGAGAGGCUUGUCUUCGUGUAUUGGUUCUCUGCACAAUUUUCCUCAAGGAGGCUGCUGUUUUUGGUCUUUGUCUUGCUGAGAUUGGUGAAAUGAUGAGCAGGGAGUUUCGGGGCCUUGAAGAGGAGCCAAGCCAGCUUGAGCUAAUCUGCAUGGAAGCAAGGAAACUGGUACAGGAGGAGAAAAUGCACACCUUUGAAACAAAGAAAAGAGAUGAGGACGAUUUUCAAUUCUUCAUAGACAGCAAGGAAUACGACUUGGAUUUGAUCACAGAUAUGAAAGAGUCUUCUGAAAUUAGAAUAUGUCAUUCCACAUCAAAAGGAGGAAAUGACGGAACUUUACUUUGUAAACUAGAGGUAAGAAUGGAGGAGAAAGAUGAAGGGAGUGAAGAGGAUAAGUUGUCUCCAAGGUCAGAUGAAUAUACUGACAUUGUUGAGAAUCAUGUAUCAAAUACUUCGAAACUAUCAAAGUUUUCGAAAAGCAUGAACAUUGAUGGGAAAAGCAGGCGACAUGAGAAGCCAAGUGCAAUGCAAAAGACUAGCUAUUUAGCUGGUCCAUCAUUGCGGAACAAGAGUGUGAAUGAAAAGCUUCCUGUGAGUAGUAGUUUUGUGAAGCUAGCAGAUUUGAAUGAAGAAGAUUGGAUGCAGUUUCUUGAUAAAUUUCGGGGACUGCUUUGCCCAGCCUUUGCUAAUAGAAAAACUGGGAGCUUAGGUCAGAGGCAGAGACAGAGACUUGGAACCUCAUUCUAGAUUUGAGUUGGUGUAGUAUCGGAUAAAGUAAGUAUGGACUUAUAAAGACUUGUAAAUUGUGGUAGCCAGAGUCUGUAGUUUGUACACUUUAGGCGUAUAUAGGGUUUUUCUGCAGGAGAUAUGGAUGACAACAUUAGGAGUUGGAUAGUCUUGGGAAUUAUACUAAGCCACAUGAAUAUAGCUACUACUGUCAUUUGGCUAGUGGAGAUGAAAACUUUGUUUUCUUUUUUUUCCCUUUUUCGUUCAACCAGUGUUGUCUUCAGCAGUUAGAUAAUGUUGGAAUAAGGCUGAAAGAGGGAAUGUCACCCCACCCCACCCCACCAAAAAAAAAAAGAAAGAAAGAAAGAAGUAUGUAUAUGUAUAUAUUGUAAUGUUGGAGAUGCUAUGUAUGUAUAAGAGCCUCUUUGUCAUUUUUUUUUUCUCU